CGCUUGAAUAAAAUCCAAAAUCAAAGCAUAGGAAAUAGAGUGGAGCUACCAAACGCUGCAGAUGAUCUUCCAUGGUUUGCAUGGGAUGGAAUCUUGAUAUUUUGAGUCACAAUUUGUUCUUUGUCAAGAUUUUAGAUUCAUUAACACUCUAUAUAUGUAACCGACCCUGUUGCGUCCCCCAACUUGACACCUUCCUUCCGAUCCAAACACACAAAAUCUCCGAUCCGUGCGCCUACCCCUUUCCCCACUUUUCUCCUUUCUCCUUUCUCCUUUUUCCCCUUUCUCUCUCAUCUCUUCAAUCCCUCUUUUUUCUUUUCUCUCUUUAUUCUUCUUUUUGUUUCCAGUAAAAUAAGCAAUAGAAAUCAAAGAAUCAAAACGGGAUUAAUGGCAUUGAGAAGGAGGUGAGGUUGGGCGACACGCAUUGGGAAGGAAUCGGAAUCUUUUUGCUGCUGAAAACAGGGUUGAAUUCGUCCGGAAAAGGAGCUCUAAAAAACAAGUUUUUUUGUGAGUGGUGUUUUGUCUUUGUUUGAUUCCCCAAGAAGGGUAUAAUAGCAGACACAAAGAGAAAGAGAAAGAGAAAGAGAGAGAUGAUAAAAGGGCAUUAUUAGGGAUUAAACUGUUUAGGUAUAUGUAUUGAUAGUGAAAUGUCUGAAUUGGUGGCCCGCACUGGUCGUCAUCAGCAGCGUUAUGAGGCCGGUUGCCGUCUCAUCGCCGGGUGCAUCCCCUUCAGGUUUCGGUACUCUGAAGGCAGUAAUGGUAACAAAUCUGAGAAGAUUUUGGAGGUACUAAUGAUCAACUCUACAAGUGGACCUGGUCUUUUGUUCCCAAAGGGUGGAUGGGAAAAUGAUGAAACUGUUGAGGAGGCAGCUGCACGUGAAGCAUUGGAAGAGGCUGGAGUUCGUGGGGAAUUAAUGCAUUUUCUGGGGCACUACCAUUUCAAAAGCAAAACACUACAAGAUGAAUUUAGCCCUGAAGGCAGGUGUCGAGCAGCAAUGUUUGCAUUGUUUGUGAAGGAAGAACUGGAUUCAUGGCCAGAACAGAGCCGUAGGGUCAGAAGUUGGGUCACAAUACCCGAAGCUGUCGAGUGUUGUCGCCACUCAUGGAUGCGUGAAGCUCUUGAAAACGCCUUCAAAAACUGGACUGCUGAUGCUAUGAUCAUAUUAAUGGAACACCACUAACCAACCAACUUUUAUCUUUUCAUCAAAAAAAAAGCAUAUUAUCAUUUUGGCUUUGGCUUCUUCAACCAGGUUUCUUGUUUUUUAGGUCUCAAGAAAGAAGCCACAACAAACUGUUUCUAUCUUUUAACUGUCUUUGGGUGAGAU